CUUAUUAACGGAGGCUGCAGCAGGCGCAGGUCCAGUCAAAUCAAGCCGAGCCGCGCGGGGACGAUGGCGAGCGACGGCGCUGCUAACGGCCAAGGGAAAAGCUUUGGGGCAGAGCCGCAGAGUUCAGCUGCGGUGCCCAUGCUGCCGGCUCUGGAGGUGUCGGAGGAGCCGGAGAAAGCGGCGGCGCUCAAAGGGAAAAACAAGGAUCCCUCUUACAAAGUCCUCUCCCUGGUAUUAUGUGUCAUUGUGCUUACAAUAAUCUUAGGAUGCAUAUUUGGACUGAAACCUAGCUGUACAAGAGAUGUGAAAACCUGCAAGGGUCGUUGCUAUGAAAGAACAUUUGGAACUUGCCGCUGUGACAGUGAAUGUGUUAAACUUGGAAACUGCUGUUUAGAUUUCCAGGAAGCUUGUAUAGAACCUGCUAAGAUAUGGACCUGUACCAAAUUUAGAUGUGGUGAGAAGAAUCGGCUAGAAUAUCAUUGUUCCUGUUCUGAUGAUUGCGUGAAAAAUAAUAAUUGCUGUGUCAAUUAUUACUCUGUUUGUCAAGGAAAGGCAAGUUGGCUUGAAGAGAAAUGUGAAGACAUAAGUGAACACCAGUGUCCAGAAGGAUUUACAAAACCUCCAGUGUUACUGUUUUCUUUGGAUGGAUUCCGAGCUGAAUAUUUGCAUACCUGGGGUGGACUUCUUCCUGUUAUUAGCAAAUUAAGAAAAUGUGGGACAUAUACUCGUAGCCUAAGGCCAGUGUAUCCGUCAAAAACAUUUCCUAAUCAUUACAGUAUUGCUACGGGUCUAUACCCAGAAUCCCACGGUCUAGUGGAUAACAAAAUGUAUGAACCAAAGAGAAAUGCUACUUUCACGCUCAGAAAUGCAGAGAAAUUUAAUCGACAGUGGUACCAAGGACAGCCAAUUUGGCUGACUGCAAUGUAUCAGGGACUAAAAUCGGCUGCGUUUUUCUGGCCUGGUUCAGAUGUUGAUGUCAAUGGAAGUUUUCCAAACAUAUACAAAUCAUACAAUGGAUCAAUAUCAUUUGAAGAAAGAGUAGUAACUUUUCUUAGCUGGCUACAAUUACCAGAAGAGAAAAGACCACACUUUUACACUCUGUAUUUAGAAGAACCAGAUUCCUCAGGACACAGAUAUGGACCAAUCAGCAGUGAAGUCAUUCUUGCAUUAGAGAGAGUGGACAAAGUGGUUGGAUUGUUGAUGGAUGGCCUUAAGCAAAUGAAUCUUCACAACUGCAUUAACAUUAUUCUUCUUUCUGACCAUGGGAUGGAGGCAGCUAACUGCCAAAAAACGGUCUACCUGGAUACAUAUGUGGGCAAUGUUAAAGACCUGUUUGUGGUACCUGGUCCUGCAGCUCGCUUAAGACCACAAAAUGUUCCAGAUGAGUAUUUCUCUUUUGAUUAUGAAGGCCUUAUCAGAAACCUUACAUGUUUGGUCCCAGAGCAGCAUUUCAAGGCAUACCUGAAGCAGAUGCUCCCCAAGCGAUUUCACUAUGCCAGUAAUGACCGGAUUGAACCUGUACAUUUUUAUAUGGACCAACAGUGGCAGCUCGCCCGGAUACCUUCUGAGCUCAAGUAUUGCACUGGUGGAUUUCAUGGAUCAGACAAUGUAUUUGCAAAUAUGCAGGCACUCUUUAUUGGAUUUGGACCUGGAUUCAAAUUUCAAACAGAAGUUGAUCCCUUUGAAAACAUUGAAAUCUACAAUUUAAUGUGUGAUCUUCUUGAUUUAACACCAGCCCCGAACAAUGGAACUCAUGGAAGCCUCAACCAUCUUCUAAAGAGAGCCAGUUAUAUUCCCAGGCAUCCCAAAGAAGAAAGCAGCCCUUCUUCAUGCCCUUUUGUGGGGCGGAGGACCUCCGCUGAUGGCCAUAGUUGCUCAUGUAAUCCUUUGGGCUUACCACCAAUUCAACCACAGGUAGAUCUCACUACUUCAGAAAUAAAGAAGAUAGAAAAAUCCAGCUUGCCAUUUGGGAGGCCCCGUGUACUCCAAAAGAAGCAGAAGUUUUGCCUUCUUCACAACCAUCAUUAUGUCAGCGGAUUUAGCCAGAUCAUCAAGAUGCCCCUGUGGAGUAGCUAUUCUGUUAACAAGCCCGACAGCUGGAAUGCCUCUGCAGAUGUUACCUCAAGCUGCUUCCGCACGGACCAUCGUAUUCCUUUAAACAGCAGUCAGACUUGUUCAUUUUACAAAAAUCACCCUCAGCUUAACUAUGGAUUUCUUUUCCCUCCAAAUCUAAUUAAAGAUGAUACAAAAAAUUAUUAUGAAGGACUUCUCUCAAGCAACAUAGCACCUAUGUAUUCUGCUUUUCAAGUGAUUUGGGAAUAUUUUAACGCUGUCCGACUGCCAUCAUAUGCUGCAGCCAGAAAUGGUGUAAAUGUGAUCGUAGGUCCUAUAUUUGAUUAUGACUACAAUGGCGUGUAUGAUACACCAGAGGAAAUAAGAAGACACUCAACUAAUUUAGCGGUCCUGAUUCCAACUCACUACUUCAUUACUUUGACAAGUUGUAAAAAUGUUUCUCAGACACCUUUGCAAUGUGAAGGAUCCCUUGAUGUUAUAUCUUACAUUAUACCUCACAGAGAAGAUAACAGUGAAAGUUGCAUAGUUGGCAAGCCUGAAUCCUUGUGGGUUGAAGAGAGAAUGAGACUUCAUGUUGCCCGAGUUAGAGAUGUAGAACUUCUUACAGGACUCAGCUUUUAUCAUGAAGGAAAGCAGUCUGUGGCUGAUAUUUUACAGUUGAAAACCUAUUUGCCAAGUUUUGACAAAGCCUGAUUUUAAUUUUGUUGGGUUUCUGUAUUGAAAAAGAGAAACUGUAUCACAGCUUCAUAGACAUGCUGGAAGAUUUUCAGAAGAUACUGGAACAAAGUGGGACCCAGAAAGAACCUGUCCCACAUUUUGUAUCUCAGGGACAUUUAAUGGGCCACCUGUAUCAGCGUUAUUAUUCUCUUCAACGGGAUAGAAGUGUUUUAUAUAGUGUUAUUAAAGCCAAUCUGGAACAUCAACACAACAGAUAAGCAUGUGGGAUAAAAACCAACAAUUCAACAAUGAUUACAACAGCAUAAAAGUUUCCAGGAGUUACUUUAUUCUGCCUGAUUUUCUUUUUAUACAGAGGCAAGAGUGGAUUAACUAAAAGUGAACCCACCUGGCAUGUAUAUUUCAAAAAUGAUAAGUAAUACAUGAACUUUUUUCAAAACUGGUCAUUUUCUGAACUAUUUUUUGCUCUGUUUAAUAAAUGGAAUAUCAUUUAA